AUGGAUGAGCACAAAACGAGCCCAGAGUCCCUGCUGUUUGUUUUCUUGAGGGCACGCGACGACAACUCGCUCGAGGUUGAUUUCGGUGCACUGGACCUCUCCACGCCUCACCUAACGCCGCCGUCGUCCAUCGGCAACGGGAUGCAGUUCGUCUCCCGGAUCAUGUCUUGGAAGCUGAGCGGCAAGCCGGAGAGCAUGAAGCCACUGCUGGACUACCCCGGCGAGUCACACAGCAUUGCUUCUCGCACAAGUCUUGGUCGCCAGCCUUGA